GAAGAUGGCGCUGGAAGCCGGAGACAUGGAAGAUGGGCAGCUUUCCGACUCGGAUUCCGACAUGACAGUCGCACCCAGCGACAGGCCGCUGCAAGUCCCGGUGAUAAUGUCUGCCUUAAGUUAGUUGCGUCCCUUUCAGAGUACCACAGCAGCCUAUGUACCAGUGUCCCAUUAUCGGACUGUUAAAAGUGUGGAUUCCAGUGAAGAGAGUUUUUCUGAUUCAGAUGAUGAUAGCUCUCUUUGGAAACGCAAGCGACAGAAAUGUUUUAACCUUCCUCCCAAACCUGAGCCUUUUCAGUUUGGCCAGAGCAGUCAGAAAGCCCCUGUUGCUGGAGGAAAGAAGGUUAACAACAUAUGGGGUGCUGUGCUGCAGGAACAGAAUCAAGAUGCAGUGGCCACAGAACUUGGUAUCUUGGGAAUGGAGGGCACUAUCGACAGAAGCAGACAAUCUGAGACUUACAAUUAUUUGCUUGCUAAGAAACUGAAGAGGGAAUCUGAAGAGCAUCCAAAAGAAUUAGACAAGGAACUAGACACAUACAUGCAUGAUGGCAAAAAAACAGGAUCAAAGGAAGAGGAAAACGGGCAAGGUCAUCUCAAAAGAAAACGACCUGUCAAAGACAGACUGGGGGACAGACUAGAAAUGAACUAUAAAGGCCGAUAUGAGAUCACAGAGGAAGACUCUCAAGAGAAAGUGGCUGAUGAAAUUUCUUUCAG